GGUAUUUUCCUACGGAAGUAGAAAACUCUAUUAAUUUCUAUUUAUUUUCCUCAUUAUUUUUCCUUGUUAGAGUAAUUAUAUUUUUUUUUGUGUCAGAUUCUUGCAACUCAGUAAAAAUAAUCUUUGCUGUAACUUACAGUAAAUGAAAAUUGAAAACUCAAAAUCAAAAAAAUUACAUAGUAAUACUGUGCAUGUAUUAAUUGCAAACUAAAACCAUGUUAAAACCUAAAGCUCUAACGCAAGUUUUAAGUCAAGCAAAUACUGGUGGAGUAGAAAACACAUUAUUGUUGACUCAUCAAGGCGCUCUUCUAGCAUAUUCUGGUUAUAAUGACAAAGAUGCCAGAGUGACUGCAGCAAUUGCAAGUAAUAUUUGGUCUGCCUACGAAAAACAUGGUCGAAAUGUGUUCAAGGAAGACAAGCUGCAUUUAAUCCUCGUAGACUGCCAAAGUGGGAAAAUAGCUGUUACACAAGUUGCUAAUUUGUUAUUAUGUUUGUACUCAAAAGAUACUGUUGGAUUUGGUAUUUUAAAAGAAAAAAUCAAUGCCAUUGCUCAGUAUCUGGAAGGUCCCUUGAAGCAAGUAGCAAGUUCAUAAAUUUAUAAACAGACUGAAAUAACAUAUUGGGAAUUUCUUAAUAUUAUAGAAAUGUUUGAAGACUGCUAUAAAAAGAAGAAAGGCUAACACCUAGCUAAUUAUUGGUAAUUUUGUAUCUAUAGUUUAUAGGUUUAUAUAUAUUGUUAUUUCAAUGUUUCCGAACCCUGAUAAUAAGUAUAGACAGUGAUUUAACUUAUAUUUUUAAAACAUGCCUGUGAUGUUAAAAUACAGUUCUCUUUUUCAUUUAUCAUUGCAUGAGGCAUUAAGUGUAAUGGGUUGCUUUUGUUUUACCAAUAUUAUAUUUAAAUGUGCCCAAACUACGAGAUUUACAAUGAAAAAGUAACAGUUGAUCAGUUUCAAAUAAUAAAGUUGUGAAGGUUGUAAGAUUGAACUUCUAUGUUGGAGACAGGUACAGGGUUCAAAGUUAUUUUUUUGCAUUAAAUAAAAUGUAGUACCUAUUGAGGGUUAAAUAGAUGUAAAAUUGUAGUACUCACUGUUUAUUUUCGACCUAUGGAGGGUUAAUAUACAGUUUUUUACUAAUGGAGGCUUUUUGGGCCUGAAGGGAAGAGAACAGUAGUCUUCUUUUGAGUUUUCAAAGGUUCGAGUUAAUGAGGUUCUACUGUAUGUUAAUUACACAUGGCCUGUAUCUUUUAAAUAUUCAUUAGAAGAACAUCCUAGAGAUGGAUGAAUCUACACAUUGUAAAUAGAUUUUCUGCCAGUUUCGGCCCAAAGGUCACAUCAACAUAAAGGCACUUCUUAAGACAGUGUAGUAUAAAUCCAUAUUUACUGUUUCAUCUUUGAUUUCUUUAUAUAUAUAUAUAUAUAUAUAUAAAGAAAUCAAAAUAUAUAUAUAUAUAUAUAAAUAGGCUUUGAACUCAGAAUUUACUUAUAUAUAAUGUAAGUCUUUUAUUUAAGAAAAUGAGUGUUAUUUGUAUAUUGCAUUGAAAUAUAGUAAAUUUUAAUGUGUUGUUUUAA